AUGGAUCAUUUUUCCCUGAACUCUCCCGGGUCUGUUAACCUUUUAACUUCCCAGAGCAGUCAAACAAUAGACGUAGAGUCUUCUGAGGUUCCUAGGUUUAGUAGCCAGAGCUCUGAAUCUCCCAAACCAGUGGAAAGGAGAAAGUGGACACAAAAAGAAGACAUUGUGCUGAUCAGUGCUUGGUUGAACACCAACAAGGAUCCCAUAGUGAGUAAUGAGCAGAAGGCAGUUACGUUUUGGAAGAGAAUAGAGGAGUAUUUCAACUCAAACCCUCAGCUCAGUGGCUUCCCUCCGAGAGAGGCAAGUCACUGUAAGCAGAGGUGGGGAAGAGUGAAUGAGCAGGUGUGCAAGUUUUUCGGAAGCUAUGAGGCCACUUUGAAGGCGCAAGCUAGUGGCAAAAAUGAUAAUGAUGUCAUGAAGAUUGCCCAUGACAUCUUCUUCAAUGACUAUCAGGUCAAGUUCACCCUUGAACAUGCGUGGAGGGAACUUAUGUUUGAUCAAAAAUGGAGAUCAAACUGUUCUUGCAAAGAUGGUGCAAAGAACAAAAGGAAGGAACCUGCGGAGAUGGUGCCUGACUUGGAAGAGGUUAGGCCUCCUGGUAUUAAGGCUUGCAAAGUAGCGAAACGCAAAAAGCAUGAGAAAGAAGCAGUUUAUGAUUAA